UACAAGGUCGGUGAGUUGAGUGCAGAGGAGCUGAAGAAGCAACAGGCUGUGAAAUCAUCUGACCCCUACUCCUCCGAUCCAGAGCGCCACCCGGUCCUGCGCAUCAACAACCUGAAGCCCUUCAAUGCUGAGCCACCUCCUGAAAUCCUCUCCGACAGCUACAUCACUCCCUCGGCUUUCUUCUUCAAAAGAAACCACCUACCAGUUCCUCAGGUGGACCCGGCAUCUUACCAGCUCCAUGUGGAGGGACUACCCAGAGGAGCUCUGACGCUGUCUUUAGAGGACUUGAAGACUAAAUUCCCCAAACACACCGUCACUGCCACUCUGCAGUGUGCAGGUAACCGCCGUUCUGAGAUGAAUACGGUCAAGCAGGUGAAAGGACUAAACUGGGGCAUUGCUGCGAUCAGUAACGCCACAUGGAGCGGCGCUUACCUCAGGGAUGUGCUGCUGGCAGCGGGCUACGGGCCAGAUGUGGCACAGUGGGCUCGCCACGUUCAGUUUGAGGGACUGGACAAGGAUGUGACAGGUACGACCUAUGGUGCUUCAAUCCCUCUGAACAAGGCGGUUGGUGAGGAAGGCGAUGUGUUGCUGGCUUAUGAAAUGAAUGGCAAGGAGCUUCCUGCCGACCACGGCUUCCCUGUCCGUGUUGUGGUGCCGGGCACAGUGGGUGCACGUAAUGUUAAAUGGCUUGGGAAGAUCAUCGUGAGCGCAGAGGAGAGCAGCAGCCACUGGCAGCAGAACGACUACAAGGGUUUUUCCCCCGGGACCGACUGGGACACAGUGGACUUCAAAUCUGCACCGGCCAUUCAAGAGCUGCCCAUUCAGUCUGCCAUCACCACACCGGCCGACGGUGCUGUGGUCGAUCGGUCGGAGGAAGAGGUGAUUGUUAAGGGCUAUGCCUGGAGUGGUGGGGGCAGAGAGGUGGUACGUGUGGAUGUUUCUCUAGAUGGAGGAAAGACGUGGCAAGUGGCCCAACUGAGGACCAGUGACAAGGGGCAAGCAGCCGAACCUGCACCUCCAACAGGACGAGCCUGGGCCUGGAAGCUGUGGGAAGUGACGGCUCCUCUUCCCCCUGAAGCUCAGGAUCUUGAGAUAGUUUGCAAGGCAGUUGACAACAGCUACAACAUGCAGCCGGACACAGUGGCUCCCAUCUGGAACCUGAGGGGUGUCCUGAGUAACGCCUGGCACAGAGUGAAGGUGAAGAUCAGAGAGGAUGAGGAUGAGGAGGAAUAGACUCACUUCACAUUCUGGAUGCAAACAUUUAGAGAGUGGACUUUAAAUCUGAUAUUUGGACUCAGCAGGAAAAUCAAUGACGGAAAAGCAGAGCAGAUUCACAGAGACCAAGCACGCACAAUAUUUUAAAGUUUUUCAACAAAUACAGCCGAAUGUUUUCCGUCUUGAAGUAUUUAUGCAGUCACAGUUUCCUGUGGGACUUGAACAGUUUCAGCAGAACAAAGCUGUAGGUUCUAAAUAACAAGCAAAAGAGUUGUAUCAAGUGACGAGUCACUUACACUUGGAUCAUUAGUGAAUAUGUAUUUCUGUAACAUUUAUAGAAAAGAAAACAUUUCCUUUUGUA